GGGCUGUGAGGUGCUGCUGCAGUGCGUCGUGUGCCACCAACAUGGACACGUUUUUCAGACGGCAUUUUAAGAGGAACCCGGGCGAGCAGCCCGAGGAGGACUUUGGCAGGCUCAGGCGGCCAAGCGUCGCCUUGGCAACCGGCCGCGCUCGUCGGCGGUCCAGCGUGGGCCUGCCCUCAUCCGUCCUCAUGCAGAGACGGCGUUCCAGUGUGCAGCUGCAGGGGGGCGUCCUCACCCCAAGGGGGCGCUGUCCUGUGCCCACUCGCCCCUACAAAGGAGGCAGUAGCCGCCGCCGCUCUAGCACCACCAACCCCGGCGUCAAUCCUCGCUUCGCCGUGCGCCGCAAGCAGGCGGGAAAGAUGCGCAGCAUCGACACACACCUGCUGGGGCCUUCCAUGCUGCUGGCCAGCCUCAUCCAGAUGAGCGAAGAGGAGGGCGGCCGACAGGCGCCCGCGACCGAGCAGCAGGUGGAGCUGAAGGUCAGCCAAGGCCUGCGGGGGGACAGCGACAGCGAAAGCUCAGGUUCUAUCAGCCAAUCAGAGGACAGCCCUGGCUCGGAGGUGGAGGUGUCUGACCGGGAGUUUGAGGACACGUUGGCGUGGAAACGGAGGGAGAGCCAGCCCCUGGCCACGCUGAUGGAGUGCGUGUCGUCACGGCCACUGAUACGCACGCCGCGGUGCCUGCGACGCAACUCCUCUCUCAUUGUGACCGCAGGUUACCAUGGCAGCCAGUGUAGACAGCGCCGCGUCUCCACCAUCGCCAAAGCAGGGAGCCCGUGGCCUGGGCGGGGCCUGCCGUUGCAGAGUCGCCGCAGAUCUGGGUGCCAUGGCAACAUGGGCCCUCUGCUGGGGGGCUGCUAUGACCCGCGUCAGGAGUCAUGGAGGGGGUUCCUCUCGAAAGCCAUUGCCAAGUCUGGCCAACACCUGACCCAGGGUUGCGCCACUCUUCCUGCCAAGAGCAGCACCACUCAGGAGAUCUGCAACGUCGUAGACUGGAGCGAGAACGCUACGUAUGGCCAGCACGUCUGGUUUGAGAGCAGUGUGACAGGGGACUUCUGCUAUGUAGGAGAGCAGUACUGCUUUGCCAAGUCCUUGCAAAAAUCUAUGGCUCGCUAUAAAUGUGCUGCUUGCAAAAUUGCAGUUCACGUAGACUGCAUGGAGCAGUUAGAAAAGAUUAACUUCAGGUGUAAACCAUCCUUCAGAGACCCAGGGACUAGAAACAUUCGAGAGCCUAGUGUGGUCCGUCAUCACUGGGUCCACCGGAGACGACAAGACGGGAAGUGUAGGCAGUGUGGCCGGGGGUUUCAGCAGAAGUUUGCCUUUCACAGUAAAGAGAUUGUUGCCAUCAGUUGCUCUUGGUGUAAACAGGCGUACCAUAAUAAAGUGAGCUGUUUCAUGCUGCAGCAGAUUGAGGAGCCGUGUUCCCUGGGGGCUCAUGCCGCCGUCAUUGUGCCUCCAACCUGGGUAGUCCGCAUCCGCAAGGCUUCCUUAAAAGCAAGCAAGAAGAAAAAGAGGUCGGUGAAGUCCAAGGCCAUUAAGAAGGGAGUAGAGGAAGGGAAAUGGAGACACUUCAUCAUCAAGCCCAUCCCCUCCCAGCAUAUGAAGCCACUGAUUGUGUUCGUGAACCCAAAGAGUGGAGGGAAUCAGGGCACCAAAAUCAUUCGAUCUUUCAUGUGGUAUUUGAACCCUCGCCAAGUGUUUGACCUGAGUCUGGGCGGGCCCAAGGAUGGGUUGGAGAUGUACCGGAAAGUGCCCAACCUGCGAGUUCUGGCUUGUGGAGGAGAUGGAACUGUGGGAUGGAUCCUGUCAGUGCUGGACCAGCUCCAGAUCAGCCCUCCCGUGGCCAUCCUGCCGUUAGGAACCGGCAACGAUCUGGCCAGAACCCUCAACUGGGGAGGGGGCUACACAGACGAGCCGGUGUCAAAGAUCCUCUCCCACGUGGAGGACGGGAACGUCGUUCAGCUGGACCGCUGGAACCUUCAGGUGGAGCCCAACCUGGAGGCCAGUCAGGAGAAGGAGGACGAGCAUCAGACACACAAGCUUCCUAUUGACGUCUUCAACAACUACUUUAGCCUGGGCUUUGACGCUAAUGUGACCUUGGAGUUCCAUGAGUCUCGAGAGGCCAACCCAGAGAAGUUUAACAGUCGUUUUCGGAAUAAGAUGUUCUAUGCAGGAACGGCCUUCUCAGACUUCCUGAUGCGCAGCUCCAAAGACCUCACAAAGCACAUCCAAGUGGUGUGUGAUGGUACCGAUCUCACCAGUAAAAUCCAGGACCUCAAACUCCAGUGUCUCUUGUUCCUUAACAUUCCCAGGUACUGUGCGGGCACCAUGCCCUGGGGUCACCCGAGCGAGCACCACGACUUCGACCCCCAGAGGCACGACGACGGCUGCGUAGAAGUGAUCGGCUUCACCAUGACCUCUCUGGCCACGCUCCAGGUGGGGGGGCACGGCGAGAGGCUGUGCCAGUGCCGGGAGGCCGUCCUCACCACCUCCAAGCCCAUCCCUAUGCAGGUGGACGGGGAGCCGUGCAAGCUUGCCGCGUCCAUCAUCACCAUCUCGCUCAGGAAUCAGGCCAACUUGGUGCAGAAGACCAAAAGGAGGAUCUCACUUCCUCAACUCAAUGACCAGCAGCCCAUUCCUGAGACGCUUCAGAUCCAAGUAAGCCGCAUCAGUAUGCACGACUACGAGGCCCUGCAUUACCACAAAGACAAGCUCAAGGAGGCCUCCAUCCCUCUGGGUAUCAUCACCGUCCCAGGAGACAGCGACCUCGAGGUCUGUCGCUCUCACAUCGAGAGUCUUCAGGAGGGGGUAGACAGCAUGAAGUCAGACGCGGUGUUUUCCCAGAAGCUCUCCCCAAAAUGGUGCUUCCUUGACUCUACGACGGCAGACCGAUUCUACAGGAUAGAUCGCGCUCAGGAACAUUUAAACUACAUCACGGAGAUAUCUCAGGACGAACUCUUCAUCCUCGACCCAGAGCUGGUCACCAAGGAGACCGUAGGCACCUCUCCCGGAAUGCCUAAUUUGGUCGAUUCCUGCGGGGGGGAGAGUUCCAACAGGGCGGAUCAGUUUGCCUUCCCCUCCACCCCCUGCGCAGGCGCCACUGUAGGGCAAAGGUGUGCGGCCACUGCGGCGGUCAGCCAGCGCAAGCGCACGUCCAGCGACAGCUCCGUGGCUCAAUCCCACGGCGACCCCUCGGGUGACUCCAAGGUCGGCCUGUGCAGGAGGGGAGCUAAAAUAGUCAAUGUUCAUCGGUCUAACACCACAGAGGCUUUAUUCAAACACAUGGACAGCCCUGACUGUGACAGCGCUGACAAAGAGAUGAUGGAGUUGCUCAUUGAAUGUAUCAGAGCCAACGACAUUGAAAAGCUCAAGGAGAUUCAUACACACGGGGCAACUCUGAUGGAGCAGGACGCCUCCGGCCGCACCCUCCUGCACCACGCAGUAACCGCCGGCAACAUCGACAUUGUCAAGUUCAUCACAGAGAACGCCCCGACAGGCAUACUGGACAUCACUGAGAAGGAAACGGGCCAGACGGCUCUUCACAAAGCUGCAGCUCUGAACCAGAAGACCGUCUGCCAUUACCUGGUGGAGGCUGGGGCCUCACUCACCAAGACAGACCUACAGGGUGAGACCCCCCUAGAGAAGACCUCAGACCAGGAGCUGGCCGACUACCUGGAGGAGCACGAGCAACAGGAGAAGGAGGACCAGGAGACGACCGUGUGAACGACCCCUCGCACACACACACAGACACACACACACACACACAGACACACAGACACAACCCAGGACUGACUGAAGGAGGACCAGAAGACCUGGAGCAGCAGAGUUUCACCAGGCCAGAGUCUGCCCAACCCAAGGGUGCCUCUUGUCAAAGACACACACACACAAGGACUGAUUCUCCAUCCACACGAGACCUGUCUACCAUAUACACACUAACACACACACACACGUACAGACACACACACACACACACACACACACACACAC